ACUAGGUUUCAGCAUAUUAUACCACGAAAUGCCAAAUCUCGAGUUGAACGGCCGUGGAGAAAAUGGGAAAAAGGGAGUGAAAAUCAGACGUUUAUACUUUGCAGCUUUUCUUUUGUUUUUUAUAACCAUUCCACUGGGAUACUACAUUUGGAUGAGGAGUCACAAAAACGAUCUUCCUAUGAUUCACCGCGACGAGUGGGGAGCUAGGGAACCCCUUACAAAGGACUAUCUAAAUCUACCAGUCCAAAACGUUGUUAUUUAUCACACAGCAACUGAGCAGUGUCAAACAAAGGAUAUUUGCAUAAAUAGCAUACAUAAUCUUCAAGAUUUACACAUGGAAUUCAUGAAUUGGCAAGAUAUUGGUCACAAUUUCCUUGUGGGCGGCGAUGGAGAGGUUUAUGAGGGGCGUGGCUGGGAUGUACGAGGUCACCCAUUGAGGGGUUAUGAAUCUGUAUCCAUUAGCAUUGGUUUUAUUGGUACGUUCUCAAAUGUGGAGCCUCCAGUGCAACAGGUGGAGGCAGCUAAGCGGCUAAUGCACGAUGGAGUUCGCCGGGAGAAGUUGCAUCCAAACUACAUGAUCUAUGGUCAGCGUCAAUUUGAGCCCACCGAAAGUCCUGGCCAAAAACUAUACGAGCUUAUGAAGCAGUGGCCCCGCUGGUCAACUAUUAUCAGACACCUUGACUAGUUGGUAAACUAAGCUUUUAAAGAUUUUUUAUAACUUUUUAAAAAUUUAUAAGAAAGACUUUUUGGUUUGUU